UCACAUAUAAACCCUGCUUCGACACCCAUAAACCCUAGGAAGUGGAGAAAACAAAGGAGACGAUAAGACUAUACCAUGGAAGCUUCAGACAGGUGCGAAUCAUGGAGGGCACCAUAUCCAGUUAGCCAUCAACAUCAUCACCAUGACCACCAUCUGAUGAUCCUCUGUCCCCACCACCACCAUCACCACCGUACAAUCCUCUGCCCUCUCCAUCACCACCACCACCUCAUUACUUGUCAUUCUCACGUAAGCCCUGCUUUGGCUCCUCUUCCUUUGCAGAACUACUUGAAUUCGUGGUCGAAAACUGUUCAAAACGAAGCCCACAACUCUGGUACCCUGGUGUUGCAAGAGCAAGAGUGUGAAGGGCUAGAAGAGGGAGAGGUAGAGGAAGAGGAUGAGGAGCCAAUUUUUGUUCUAACUGAUGAAUGGAGGGAGUUUUUUGCAAAAUCCGAAGCAAAGAGAAAAUUAGUGCAGAGAAGAAGCAGGAUAAGAAGAAACAGAAAAAACUAAAUUAGAAAAUUCUUGCCAUCUCUGGCCAACAUGAGGCUGAUCCAAGAUUCUAGCUCUAGAGGUUAAGCCAUCUGAUUUAUUGAAUUUCAGAUGUUGAAUGGAAAAUACUCUUGAUUGAUGCAUUUUAUGAAGAGAUCAUAAAAUUUAUUUUUGCAGAUA